CUCUAACCUAGGCAUAGUCAAAUGCAAGCAGCGAGCCCGUGAAGUGAUGUACUAGCCUAGUAUGAACUCAGCCAUUGAGGACACAGUCCAGAACUGCAGGAAAUGUGCAGAGUAUCAGAACAAGCAGAGGGCUGAACCAUUAAUGCUGACUGUAACUCCUGACUUGCCAUACACCAUGGUUGGAUGUGACUUGUUUGACUUCCAGUUAAGCAAGUACCUACUGCUAGUGGACUAUUACUCGAAAUAUAUUGACGUCGUCGAACUGAGCUCAACUACAACCUCAUCGAUAACUAACGCCAUGAAGCAAAUAUUCGCUUGCCACGACAUCCCACUGAGGAUUCGAUCAGACAACGGGCCACAAUUCAGCUCGACUGAAUUCAAUAAAUUCUGCCAGGCGUACGGAAUCGAACAUCUGACUUCCAGCCCGCACUUCCAGAGCUCCAAUGGAGAAGCAGAGCGAGCGACACAAACAGUGAAACGCCUAUGGAGCAAGGCAGAGGACAAAUACUUAACUCUACUAAACUACCGAACUACACCUUUGGAGGGAAUUAAAUUAUCCCCAGCUCAACUUCUGAUGGGCAGGCGCCCCAGGAAUACUUUGCCUGCCUCUAGGGAAAUCCUAAAACCCAGAAUAGACAACACUACAGUAUUAAUACAGUAGUGUACUUAUUUCUGCAGUUUAGAACUUCGUUCAUGAUAAUUGCUGAGAUAGAACUGUAUUAGGUGUAUCUUAGGUGUUAAUUGCCUACGCGUAAGGAAUGAUGUUAACCAUAGCUGAGCGAUUGUUUAUAAAUAUUCACGUAAUGCUUAAAGUUUCUAGAACUUAACGUAAUUUAGUAAAGUAAUUUUUUGUUGCGUUGUUUCAGUGAAUCACACUGUCGUUAUUGUCGCCACUAUCGUUAUCGUCGACACGCUGCCGUUAUCGUUGCCACUAUCGUUAUCAUCCUGUCGUUACCGUCGCCAUUGUCGUAGUCAAACGCGCACACACGCACGCGCUAUCGCUGUCAAGUUAUCGAUCGUAACCGUUAUCGUCAUCGUCACCGUCGGUGUUUCGUACACGUUUGUGGUGAAAUAAUAUAACUUUGAAGAGACAGAUUCUGUUAGUGACGCAUACAUCUUCGUUUUGUUUACUACAUCCUACAC